AUGGGCGAUGACGGUGAUAUGUAUUCGGCAACACACCGUCCUGGCAACCAUUCCCCCAGUCGUCGGAACGGAGCAGUGAGCGGGCGCUAUCAGGGACCCAAAGCGUACGAAGAGGCCUUUGCGGAGAUUGCUGCGAAACCGCCCAUUUUUCAAAAGGCCGUGACAAAGAGACCCCACAGGGAGCAUACUCCCGCGAGGCUUCAAGAGUUGGGAUUCGCGCGUAUGGAGCCCGCCUUGGUCAGUCCGACGGCCCUGCGGCGGCGACCUGAUGAUGCCUGGCGACAGCAAGGCGACGCUCCGGCAACCCUCGCUCACGCGCACAGUGCCGCAGCUGCUCGCCUCAGCGGGGCACAAAUGCACAGCAGCACCCUCGUCGUGCUUGGCCGUGUUCCGUUGAGGAAAGGCGAGGUCGACGGCGAUUUUGUGGUGAUCUGCCAGGGGACAGGUGCACUGCCUCCCUGCCGACUAAGAAUAGGCCCGCUACGCCCAUUGCGACUAACUCCACCCGAAAUGUUCCUCAUCGCUCCCACAGCGAUGCGACCGUCACGGCGCCGCCGCAAAGAACAAACGAGAUUGACAGCUGCUUGUUCGAGCCUUUUCGUGGGGUAA